GCGAUUCAUUCAAUAGUGCGCCAGAAGUCGUGCGGUGCGUACGUACGGAGUACUCUCGGUCUAUAGCUGUUAGUCUUGUUGAAGUUUGGUGGAGGUGGAUUCUACAGUUGGAAAACUUGACCCACUGACGCCAAGGUGGAGAGUUAACGCGGAGAACGAAUCGUUGGGAAACGGCGCGAGGUGUUACACAAUUUAAGAUCUCCAAGACUGUCGGUUGGUCGGUCGUCGGAAUUCGCUGGCGUAUGGAAAUAGUGUGACGGCGGCGACAACGACGCGCCAAGUGCAGUGAAUUGAAUUUAGAGAAAUUCCCCUCGUGCGGAACGUGGGCGGCAUAACAAUUGGAUACGCUCUCUCGGCAAUUGUCUGAAUUGUAUGAAUGGACCACGGUAGUACCAGCUGGAUUGGGGAGUGUUACCCUCGGGUUCCACCGCACACACCAUUGUGAUUAAUCAUCGCAAUCAACUCUGCGAGUUGCGACAGUUACCUAUUCCUUUCAAUGUAUGAGUUGUGUUUACGGUGGGAGAUUCUGAAUUGAAAACAACUCUUUGGUACAAAUACCGGUACACCUGUGUUGUGGCACAUGUUCGUGAGGUGUAGUGGUACAGUGGUGGAUAUUACGAGUGGACAAGCUGCUGGAGUGCGUGCUGCUAGUUCCAGAGCACGCGAAUAAUUUAAUCAAUAUUCAUCUGAUUACUUGUAAUAGCUCCGUUGGUGAAAUAUGGUAAUGAAAUGAGCAACAAGAAUUAAGUGAAGUGGUCAAGUGCUUGCUUUCCUGAGAAAAAUAUUGCCUUCCGUUGUAGUGGUUCCAUUCGGAGCAAAUUAAAGGUGUUUGUGAGGUGGGAGAAGGAAAAGAAACAAGAUACAAAAGCCAUCAACGGUCACACGUACACAUCUACACAGCGUCCGUAGACUUCCAGCAGACUUAGCUUAAGUUCCAGCGUCCGACAAUGACGGCGAGGUUGAACUCCUUGUCGAUAGCAAUUCUUUGCUGGAUAACAGUAUUAGGCCUGGUACGAUGCCAGAAGGUUCCGAGCCUACAGAUCCUGCCGGCGGCGUCCGUCCAGCGGAAACCUGUUGGUGCCUCGUUGCUGCUGACGUGCCGACCGGAUGUCCCCGAUAGCGCGCUGAUUUCCGAUCUGCGGUGGAGUGACAAUCGCAACAUGACGAUACCGCCAAAAGCGACUAAAUAUUACUACCCACAGUACGAUUCUAAAGGUCGAAAGCUCCCAGCGAAGGCCGGACAAUCGUCACCCCCCAUCUACACCGAGUCGAUUGCCUCCGGGCAGGCGCUGGCGCUGAUCUUCAACUCGCUGCAGGAAUCGAUGGCCGGCGUGUACUACUGUGCGGCGUCCUACUCCGUGACCGAGCAGCUCGGCGCGUCCGUUUCGGUGGAAACUUACGUGGCCAUUACGUGGAAGGAUGCACCGGAGGAUCAGCGGCCAAUCCUGGGUGACGACUACAUUGUUCGCUGCGAGGUGACAGCAAAUCCGCCGGCGACCGUGGAUUGGCUCCGUAAUGGAGAUCCGAUUAAAUCCAGCGGUCGGUACGUCAUUGAGAAUCGUGGGCUGUUGAUUCGGAAUGUGUCCGAAAGUGACGACGGUUUGUACACGUGCCGAGCCGCAGUCAUAUCCACCGGCGAGCUGGCGAAGCGCGUAAUUCGAGUUGAGGUUCAAAUCAAGCCCGAGGUGCAGAAGUUGCCAUUGGUGCUGGAUGCUGUCGAGGGACAAUCGUUUUCGUACCUUUGCAACGCCACCGGCAAGCCCGUACCUGAGUUCCAGUGGAUCAAAAAGAGCACACAGCAAAAUGUAGUUGAUAUAGAUAGAUUUUCCGUUAACGCAUUGACCGGUCAGCUGGACAUUAGCCGUGUGGAGCAGGAUGACCACGAUACGUACUCGUGUGUGGCCAAGAAUGCAGCAGGUAUUUCCGAAUCCACCACCAAACUGAACGUUCUGAUUCGUCCAAAGAUUUUGGAAUUCAUGAACAUUACCGUACCUGAAGAUAGUGACGCCGUGUUGGCAUGUAGAGCAUUUGGACGACCCCCACCGGAGAUUACGUUCCGUCGCUUUGGAACGACCGAGGAGUAUUCUGUUGGACUGCAGGUCAGUGACGACCGCAUCGUGCUUGACUUGGAUACCAACGCGGAACGUGGCGAGACCAUUGGCAGUUUGCGAAUUCACAAAGUAGACAAAACUGACGACGGACUGUACGAUUGUAUCGCGAGAAAUCCGGGAGAUGUUGCGUACAAAGUGGGACACAUCACUGUCGAGUACAAACCCAAUUUUGACAACAUGAAGUCACUGCCGCCAGUUUACACGUGGGAGCAGCGCCCGGCAAAUCUCAGCUGCUUGGCUCAAGCCAUCCCGAACGCGACAAUCGAAUGGCGCUGGAACGACCGACGUGUGUUGGAUUUGUACGACAUCAACAUGAAGGUCGAGAAUGUAGGUGCGCGCAGUGAUCUGAUCAUUAUUCCUCGGGAACCCCGCUACUACACGAGCUACAAGUGCGUUGCCACCAACCGACUUGGUAGCGAAGAACAUGUCAUGGAACUUCGCGAAGCACGCAUUCCGGACGCGGUUGGACAAGCUCGACCAAGGUCCGUCAGCGCAACCUCCAUGACCUUCGACAUCAUUCCACCGGCGAUCGAAAGAGGACUGCCCAUUACGGCCGUGUCCGUUCAAUACAAGGAGGAGUUUAACCCCGAUUGGAACACCGCCCUGAACCGCACCUGGUCGCCCGACAGUCCGUACAUCGUAGAAGGGCUGCGACCGCAGACGUCGUACAGCUUCCGCUUUGCGGUACGCAAUAUCGUCGGUCUUGGUCAGUGGGCCGCUUAUGUGGUGCACUCCACGCCCAAACGAUCCGAACCGGAAACGCCCAAAACGCUGCACACGCCCAUCCAGGAGGAGGACGAAGAAGAUGACGCCAUCGUGACGUCACCGUACGCCGACCACUUUGAGCUGCGGUGGAACGUCCCCGUUGACAACGGAGAGCCCAUCAACUUCUACCGGGUGAAGUUCUGCCCGGGUUCCAAGAUCAACGGCGUGUGGACGGAGCUGGAGGGUGCCUGCAUCGAGGAGGACAUCCAGAUCUCGACCUCGUACGAGAUGCGCGACCUGCAAGCGGACACCUACUACCGGAUAGAGCUGAUGGCGCACAACGCGAUCGGGUUCUCGAAGCCGGCUCACCUGCUGCUGAAGACAGCCCGAGGAAAUUAUUACUACGGCAGUGGCAAUCGCAACUCCGCCCUGUGGCCAUCCAUCAUGGCCGGAUUGAUGUUGAUAGCCACGCUCGAUUCGAUCCAUCAACGGCGAUCGUAAAAGCGCGCGUCUCCCGGGAACGAUAUGUGUUCUUCUUACUAGGGUAAACGGCUUCGGUAGUCGGACAUUCGGGACCCUUGCAGCCAAUUAUCGUCGGAAAAGAUAUUCAGAGUCGUGUCAACGCCAUUUUUAGGUUCUGAUUGGGAAAUUUGGCCUCAGUAUAAACGAAAAAUGCUAAAUUGGCUAGGGACUUAGGAUAAUAACACGCUUAGAAGGAAAAGUUAUAUGAUAAAUUAAUAUUUGAUUUGAUUUUGUUUAUUCAAUUCUACCAAAUAUGUAGACUUUAUGAUGCUUUUCUAUUAAAAUUGAACUUAAAUUUAUUUUAAGAAACAACAUAUAGCUUUGCCCGGAAUGUAUUAUUUUUAAAUUUAUUUUAAAUUUUUCUUCCAAGUGUGAUUUUAUCUAAACGAUCAUAUUCUAAGGAAAUUUUGAAGCAAAAUAAAUCAAAUGACGAUAACAGUGAAGGAAAAAUGAACCGUUCUGUAAAUGGCCCGUAGCUACGGUUUUUAGCGUGACUCCGUGCAACAUGAAAAAAAAAACAGAAAAACUAUCUCUAAAGACGAAAUCAAUAGCCAUUUUUUACAUCACACCAAAAAGUGUUCAGCAAAAAAAAACGGGAAGAUAGAAUCGAAACGGAAUAAUUUGCUGCUGGCACAUUUCGAUGAGGUUUUUUUUAUCUUAUUUUUAGCACCACUUUUGAGAGAGGGUGGAGAAAAACGGGUCCUGUAGAGUGGAAAAGUAUUACUGGAAGGCGAAAAUUUAAGCGCAAUCGACGAGACAGGAAGUGAGCAAAAAGGAAGAAAAAAGGAAAAACUAUUGGAGAAAAAACCGCGAACUAGUCGCAUUGGACCGAAAAUGCAAAUGAGGUGGAAAUGAAUCAAGGCAAGGCGGAAUGCAAAUUACAGGAAUAAUUAAUUUCUCCCCUUCCCUGAGCGACCCCCCUAUCCUCUCGUUUCUGCUCUGUAAUGGAGGUGGCGAUCCGUAUUAGAUUAAGGAAUACUUUCUAUUUUCACGCGAUUCGACCGCGGAUUGCGUUACAUUCCUUCCAUGGUGAAAUAACUUUCCAAAAUGUGGAAUCGCUUCCCGAAUCGUAAAUCUGAGAGCACCUCCCUAGCCCCUAUUCAACCUGAAGUGUGCACUAUUAAAGGUUCAAUUUAUAAUUGGAAGGGGGUGGUCAAACUUUAUGCUAAAUUUCCCAACCGAAAUUGAGAUUAUGUGAGGACGAAUUUCUGUUUGAAGUGUGGGGUUUCACGAAUUUGGAAAGCGUGUUCUUUUGUGGGUUUUUAUCACGUAACUUAUUUUACCCAAUGAAAAAAGAAAAAAAUGGGUAGGCCCCAUGAUAUACCGUGCCAUUAUGUUGGAAGUAUUUUAUAGCGUACGAUAUGGUUGCCAUUCGGCCUAGUUGAGCAAAGUAGGCUAAGCUGAGCCAAAUGAAAAUUCAUUGGUUGUAAUUUCCUUUCAUACAGCAUAUUUGUUAGUUAAAAAAAAAAGAAAACUAACAAAUAUAUAUUAUUGAAUUUAUAAGAAUUUCUUUUGAAAUUUUUUACAGUGCAUCAAAAGACUUUUGAUACGAAAAGCAUUUAAUUUCACUUAGUUAAAAAAUGCUAACAUUUUAUUGUUUACUAAAAUGAUUUCAAAUUUUGCGUACUAGGCCUAUUUCUAUUUUCGACCAAAACAUGACUUUGAUCAUGAAUUACAGCUUUCAUAAAGUGUUUUUGACUGUUCCAUAGUAACAAAUAGCUCAAAUUCGGUGCGAUUUUUUUAAUGCCGUCAUUUGGGUCGAAUCGGGAUCACAGUCCGUAUUGGGACAGCAGGUUUUAGAGCACUCAAAAGCUUGAAAUUUGGAAAACGACGCAAUAUUUUUGUUAAUCUUUAUCUGUUUUAUCCGAAACGAAUAAAAAAUAUCCAAUUAUUGUGCAGUAACAAGGAUGAAACAGUUAUUUCAAUUAGCCCCAUGAGUCUCGAUUCGUCCCAGAUGACGGUAAUAAAAAUAGUUUACGGAUUUUUUUAAUCCUUUUUGACCUAUGGCGACCAUAUCGAUACCCUUAACGUCAAUGCCAUGCGCAUCAAUCAAUCAAUUUAUAAUUCUCCCGCUGACUGUCCGUAAUUAAUGAGCUUAGUUUGUUGAAAAGAAAAUAUAAACUUGUUAUUUCGCGCACGAUCGAAAACAACCGCACUAUGAUUAAAACAAAUCUUGUUGACUAGUGUGAAAACUCGGACGACACUCGGAAACCUAUCGAAUUUAUCGCGACUUUUCGUGGCUUUUUUCGUACGCGUAUAUUUUUGCUGCAUUUUUUCCGCGUCAUUCACGGGACAAAAACUGAAUAGGUAGGUGAAACAGUUACUAGAAACUAAUCAUUUUAUCCGUAGAACUAAUUCAAGGGGCAGAUAUGGUGAUGGUAUAACAAAGUUUCAGAUCGUAGGCUAAACUUGUUAGAAAGAAUCUGGAACCAAAGAGUAUUGUCAUGUUGAAGUUGAGAACUCCUCAAAGACUGUAAUAUUGUUUAUAACCUUGGUUUGAUCUGGACUGAAACAGUUGUUGAAAGUAUCGUAUGUUAACUCCUUCCUAAUCUAUAGGUCGUAGGAAUGCUAAAGAACCAAAAUCAAAAUCUACAUUUAGUCAAUCUCGUUGAACAACAUUUUCCAUCUAGUAUAAUAACUUAAAUUAAUGAAGCAAACAGAAUCCACGUUGGAAGCAAUUCAGAUGUAAAUAUUUGUGUGCUGUUAGGGCAAAUAGACCACUUUUGUAAAUAACUCGUUCAAAACCAUAUCGAAUUCUCACCAAAAAUGCAUCAUCCAUCAUCCCAGUAAUCCCCCAACAGAAAAACACAAAAUACCAGUUGCAAUCUAUUAUCCUUUUGUUGAGUGCUCCCGGGCUGCAAAUACAAACCAUUCCACCACCAGGUGAGCAUGUUAUCCUUUCCCGCAUUGUUUUAAUAUCGAAAAUGGCCUCCAGCCAAACUAUGUUGAGCACACCUGUAACAUCGAGUCCACCACUCAACUUUUUUUUUUCUACAGAACACGUUCGACAUUCGAAUUCGACUGCAUUUUCCAGCCACGGCAACUAUUUCAUAUUUUAUGAGCAAUAUGGAUUCGCCCGUUAUUGAGUGUUCGAUUUUAAGGGCCCUCCAUAAAUUACCAAUCUGCUGAAAAUGCAAACCAAUAUUCGAUUCUACGAGUAGUACCCACCUGGAAAGCGGUGUAUUAAAUGGAAUUGUACAGAGUUAUGUUUGAUGAGGGUAUGUGAAAAUAUUUCCCAUUAAUAGUUAAUAUUGAAUCUUGAACAAAACAGACCCCUGUUUUGGAAUUAUCAAUGUAAAUGUUUGUCAAACAUGUUACCAUUGAAACUAUACACAAAUUGUUAUAUUUUAUGAAAAUAAUGAAAUUGAUCAAGAAUCGCCUAAAUUUAAUUUUCUGGAGACGCACGACUUUUGAUGCCACACUAAAUUCCCCAUCAAAACACCAUGCGUUUCCAUCGAAGAAAGUUCAAAUCCUUCUGCCACCCUGACAAUUUAUUGCAUCGCGUGGUGGUACAUUGCAAAAUUAUAAAAGUUUUAAAAUUUGUCCCAACCGCUGUUACGAUUACCCCACAAGCUGCUGCUACUGUCACGGGUAGGUAACACAUUCUUCCAAAAUUCGAUCCCACUUCGAUACCAUCAAUUCCGAAACUUUUUUCGAUAGCACCGCUUAACAAUUUGUCCAGCAAAACUAUUUCUCCAACCGGGGUUGGCAUCGUCUAGGAAAUGCAGGCAAAAGGGACCCGGCACCAGAUGUUACGCCGUAUAAAUUUGUCACAUGGUGAACUUUUGUGCCGAAUAUUUGUACUUUUUAGUCAGGUUUUUGUCCGGUUCUUGGGAAGAGCUAUGGGUUGAAGUGGUCAGAUUUGGUGUGGUUUUGAUUACUUGUUUAUUUGUUCGGGCAGCCCUCAGGCGACAAGUAUCGAGCCAAACGGCACAGUGAUCAGAACUGUCGGAUGGACCAACUUUAGUUUUCCCAAAAGGGAAAACUUUUAUCUCGACACAUUUCUCCUAAUUUGUUGGAUCGAUCCACUUGGGUUGAGGUAACCGAACUGAAAAUAUACCAAAGUCUGGGUUACAGCACCAGACACUUUAUGGUCAGAAAUAAAGGAAUGACGGUCGAAUCUCGACUGACAAAAGUCAUUGCAAUGAAAUCUUUUGAGAUUGACCAUUUCAACCCAACUGUGGCACAACAACUAUUUUUGAGUCAACCAAAUCCUCUUAUACGCACGUUUUACUUCUCCAUCCGAUAGAAGACUAGGACGAUAAAGCGGGAAUUGAACCCGCGUCCCAUAGCAACUAAGGGAUCGGCAGCCGAAGCCGCUAACCACCGCGCCAUGAGGCCUUCCUAUUGAUUGACAUUGUUGCUUCAGUUAAGAAUAUAUUUUAGAAAGACUAAUAAUGAAAACCUUUGUGUUAUAACACACACAGUAAAAAAAAUGUGUAAAUUUGGAAGGUUGAAAAUAACCUCUUUUAAGAUUUAAUUUUAAUUUAAAUUAGACUAAAAAAGUGACAUUACGCUAGACAAGUGGUAUAAUUACAUUUUUAUGGACAUGAAAAAUGCACCCAGAUGUAAUAUUACCAUGAUUUUUUUAACUGUGCAUGAUGGACAAAACUAAUUUUGAAAACAUGUAAAAUCUACCAUUACACUUUAAAUUGACCCAAUACACGUAUUAAGAAUGUUUUAAGUGCAGCCUCAAAUAAAAAAAAUGAAUCACUCGAACAAUUUAAUAACAUUUUUUGUUUUUCAAAAGAUGGAUUUUUUUAAUCAAAACAAAUUUAUGAAUUUCCUUCAUCUUCAUUUUUACUUUUUUUUUAAAUCGCUAAUAUGACUUUUCUGGAGUAAGAUGUACAGUUUUGGUCAUUUCGACAAUGUUGUAAAGCGUGAAAUUUCCAAAAAGAAUCUUACUUUAAUAAAGUGAAUGGAAACAACGCCACCUACUAAUAAAUUUGCAGAAAAAUAGUUUUUUAUACAAUGUUUUAAUUUUCUCUUGUAAAUUUCACCCUAGAACAUAAAUGGGUAAAUGUUGACAAAUUUGCUCAUAAUUAGAAAACAAAAUUCAGCUUGUGGUGCACAGUUUUGAAAAAUGUCCCAUGUUCGGGACACCUUAAUGAAAUAUGAUGUAACAAUUGUCAGUAGAUGUUGUUCGGGUGUUGCACGCAAUCGAGGAAAUAGCUUUUACACUUGGCCGGGUUUAUUUUUUGCUCACAUUUAAUUACUUUAGAUACGGACCGAGUUUCUGCACUGGGGAAAAGAAAUCCCAGCGAUAGCAGUAGCAAAGUUAAUUGUCCAGAAGAUUGUAAAAGCUGUCCAGAAAUACAGAUUAAAAAAAAAACUUUGGAAAGGGAACGGAAGUACUCUUUGGCGGAAAUGGCAUACAGAAAACCGUUACAUUUGCCCGGCUGGGGUGGCCAUGGUCUGAUAAACGUUUCACAAGUGUGUGGCUUUUACUUGAUUUAAUCUUUUUUAUUUCAUUCAUUGCCUUUUUGAAAUGAUUUCUGUUAUAUGGUGCUCUGAAUAGCGAUAAUACAAAUAUAUUUAAAUUUAAUUGGCAAAGUCGACUACAAAUGAGCAAAUAAAUCCAGUUAAAUGCGAUACCAAUAUUGCUCACGUUAGUUUCCGUGGCUGUGGGUGUUGAUUCGUUAAACCAAUUAAUUUGCAUUCAAUUAUGUUUGCACGGGAUCCUCUAAUUACUUCCUCCACAAAUACACCUACACAAAUUGUAAAUAGCACAAACACACAUCGAUAUAACAGUCAUUGAGGACAAUAAUGAAUAUAACACACUCACACACCAUUUAGUGGAACGAAAUUUUAAAAAUAAUAAUACAAUUAUCAUGAAAGCAAAAUCAAUCAAACCCGCACACACUCCAGGCAGGAUGGCGGAUCCUCGCGACCAAGCUCUCCCUCAACCAUUUAUCGUAUGAAUAAACGAGUUAUACCACCGGAUACAGUCAUCAGUAUGAAGAGGAGGAGGAGGAGAAGGAGAAGUAAAAACAUUGAAACCGUACCUGUUUGGUUAAUGAGUUGCAGCCAGGAUCGUUUCAGAGAGUAAACAGCAACAGUGGGCGAUGUUUAAUGAGAUUUUAAUUCAAUCAUUUCGGGUUUUAUUUUCCUUUGGGAUGAUGAAUCAAUAUUUAUACCACCCAUAAUGGAGUACACUUUUAUAACAGAGCAACAUUGUAUCCACUAUCGUUUGAUUGGAGGGUCUGUUUCGUAAAUAAUGAAAGGCAAACUGUUAAAAAAAAAAUGAAUACUAAUAAACAACGAGAAAGUAUGAGAUGCAAAUGAGAAAAAAAAAAUAACAUGAGUUAUAAAAAACUCGCUUGUACAUACCCAUUCAACCGUUAAUCGAUGGAGAACAAGAGUAACUGAAAUAAAACGAGAUGAAUCAACAAUUCAA